AUCGUGUGGCCUGCUCUUCCCCCGCAGCCGUGAAGGAGGUCGUGGCCAUGGGAACCGGCACGAAGUGCAUCGGCCAGUCCGAGAUGCGGGAGACGGGGGACGUCCUCAACGAUAGUCACGCGGAGGUGGUGGCCAAGAGGAGCUUCCAGAGGUAUCUUCUUCACCAACUUUGGCUAGCAGCUGUAGGUCAAGAACCUAGCAUCUUCACCCUUGGAACCGAAAAAGGGAAAUGGGUUCUCAAACCACAUAUCAGCUUUGUUUUUUUCACCAGUCACACACCUUGUAAGUAUUGUCAGAAUAACCUCAUUAGCAUGCUGGACUUGGAAGAAUUGCUCCUUAGUUACUCCUUAGUUGUCUUGGUAGAUGACUUGGUAUGGCUGCAUUUUAUUCGAGUGUGUGUUGUGGAAAGAAGGGAGAGUUAAAAUUUCAGAAGUGGAAAAACUCAGUUUCUGAAUGGGACAAUAGACGUGGACUAGAGAGAUCAUGAAACUUAUUUGGGUCAGUAGCUCACUUUGAUGACCCACCUCAGAAACUUCUUGAGAUCAUAAAAUGGGACAUGCCUUCACAUUCUCUGUAUGGAAGGACUGGAUAUACAGUACUG